AUGGCUUUCUCUCAACUCAUUCGUAUGCCCAUCACUCGCCAUGCCCAACAAGCUGCCAAUGGAACCAAAUCGCUUGUCUCCCUGAUGCACAAAUAUGGCAUGACCCCAACUAUGGGAGGCAGAUAUCAACGAGAUCAUAAUCGUGCCUUGGUCAUUCGUCGUGAUGAUGGUACCUCGGUUCCAGUGCCAGCUGAAGACUGGCAAAAUGAUAUCUACUACACUUCUGAAUGCUCCAUUGGCACACCAGGACAGAAAUUCAACCUUAUUUUCGACUCUGGUUCAGCUGAUUUCUGGGUCUGGUCCACUCUCCUUUCAGACGAUAUCUUGGCCAUCGGUCGAGCUGAAGGUACUGCCAUCUUCGACCCUGCUCAAUCAUCCACCUUCCAAGAUGUUCCUGAUUCAAAAUGGAGAAUCAGAUAUGGAGAUCAAUCUUCAGCGGGAGGAAAGGUGGGCACAGACAAUGUCCUGAUUGGAAAUAUCAUGGUCGAAAAUCAGACCAUUGAGUUGGCUGAUCGGAUGUCUGACUCGCUGGUUCAGCAGAAUGGUACUCAUGGACUCUUGGGCCUCGCCUUCAGUGUCCUCAAUACCGUUGUGCCAAUUCCAGCAAACACUCCGUUGGACAACAUGAUUGCCCAAAAGGACAUCCCCGUCGAUCAAUCAUUGUUCACAGUGUAUCUCGGAUCUUACAAAGAUGUCAAUGAUCCUGACAAGGGCCAAUCGUUCUACACCUUUGGAGCUAUUGACGAGUCCGUGGUGCAGGCAACCGGGCAACAAAUCACUUACGUCCCGGUUGACAACACUCGUGGAUUCUGGGAGGUCAACAAUCCAUCGUUCGCUGUCAAUGGCCAUGUGUUCGGCUUAACUGGAAACACGGCAAUCAUGGACACCGGCACAACAUUGAUGCUUGUCAGUGAUCAAGUGUGUGGGGCCAUCUACAACACAAUUCCUGGUGCGAUAUAUUCCCGAGAUCACCAGGGUUGGCUUAUUCCCCAGAGUGUCACUCUUGAACAGCUUCCUGAGCUCUCCUUUUCACUGGGUGACAAGCAAUUUGUUAUUGAGAAAGAACAUAUCCGUUAUGGAACAGCCAAACAAACCGAUAACGGAAUGGUAUAUGGAGGUAUUCAAUCUCGUGGUUCCCUGCCAUUCGAUAUCUGGGGUGACACCUUCUUCAAGUGUGUUUAUGCCGUCUUCGAUGCCGGCAAAAUGCAGUUCGGUGCAGUUCAACGCGUCGACCCGACCCAGACAACGCAAACUUGA